AGAGAGGUGCAGCUGAGAGAGACAGCCUCUUAGAGCUCUGAGGCAGAAGUGAUGGAUUCAGCUCACCAAAAAGUGACAGUCUUCUAAAGGGCCAACGGCAGCACUCUGUCACUUUCAAGAGACUUCACCAACUAGCUGAAGUUAGUAUUGUUUCUUAAAAUUUCUAAAACAUUUGAAGGUGUUUUUAUACGGGGGGGAGUUAUGUGGAAGUCAAGCUUCUGUCAUGCACAUGACAGCUUUUUUAAUAAUAGCCUUUAGAAUACUUUUACCCGUCCACUGCUGGAAUGGACUGAAGUGUCAAAGAGUGAAUAACCAGACUGGGACAGACCACAGGAGGACGAAGCUGUCUGACUUGGAAUGACUUUCUAUCAAGAGGAAUUACAGUUGGCUCAGCCAGGAGAGAAAGGCAACUAAGGGAGUUUCGUCAAUACUAGUCAAUUUUCUUGCUCGGUGAGUUGGACCAGAUCUCAUGGAUACCCCUUCAAUGGUCCUGCUGGGGCUCCUUCUUGCAUAUGGAUCUGUCUGUCAGAUUCACGGGAGUGUUUCAGACAGCCACCACAGCAGUACAGUGCCUCAAGAAUUUGAGAGCAGUGACGAUGGCCUUGAGAGAGAGUUUUUAUAUGCUGGAAGAAGCAAACGUGCUGCUCCAGACCAACAGCAGGACAAGUGUUCUUAUACUUUUAUUGUGCCACAACAAAAAGUGACAGGGGCUAUCUGUGUCAACUCCAAGGAACCAGAAGCCAUGCUGGAGAAUCGGGUCAACAAGGAGGAGCUGGAGUUGCUGAAUGUGGAGCUACAGAAACAAAAAAGGCAGAUUGAGACUCUACAACAAUUGGUAGAAGUAGAUGGAGGUAUUGUGAAUGAGGUUAAGCUUCUGAGGAAAGAAAGCCGAAACAUGAAUUCUAGAGUUACCCAGCUGUAUAUGCAAUUGCUCCAUGAGAUCAUCCGGAAACGAGACAAUGCCCUUGAAUUAGCUCAGAUGGAGAACAAAAUCCUUAACCAAACUUCAGAGAUGCAACAACUCACCAGUCGGUACAGAGACUUGGAACACAAAUACCAGCACCUGGCUUCUUUGGCUACUAACCAGUCCGUUCUUAUUGCCCUGCUGGAGGAGCAGUGCCAGGGUCGACCUCCUCCCCGACAUGUCCCUGUGCCACAGCCACGAGCUCAGCCACCUCGACCGUCACCACCUCUCAACAAGCCUUACCAGCCACCAGUCCUACCUCGCAUCAACAAACCAAUCAGCAAUGAGAUACAGAAUGAUCAGAAGUCUCUUCCACCUCCAACUAUGCCAACAAUCACACACAGUCCAUCUUCCACCGACAAACCCUCUGGUCCAUUCAAGGACUGCCUGCAGGCUCUGGAAGAAGGUCACACCAACAGCAACAUGUACCUAUUAAAACCAGAGAAUGCCAAUCGUCUAAUGCAGGUGUGGUGUGACCAGAGACAUGACCCAGGUGGCUGGACCGUAAUCCAGAGGCGAGUGGAUGGCUCUGUCAACUUUUUCAGGAACUGGGAGACAUACAAGCAAGGAUUUGGAAAUAUCGAUGGCGAGUACUGGCUCGGGCUGGAAAAUAUCUAUUGGUUGACUAACCAGGGAAACUACAAACUGCUGGUAACACUGGAGGACUGGUCUGGCCGGAAAGUUUUUGCAGAGUAUGCCAGCUUCCGAGUGGAGCCCGAGGCUGACUUCUAUAAGCUAAGGGUGGGUCGUUACCAUGGCAAUGCUGGCGACUCCCUCACUUGGCACAACGGGAAACAGUUCACAACACUGGAUAGAGACCAUGAUGCUUAUACAGGUAAUUGUGCCCACUACCAGAAGGGAGGCUGGUGGUACAACUCUUGUGCCCAUUCUAAUUUAAAUGGAGUCUGGUACAGAGGAGGACACUACCGAAGCCGCUACCAAGAUGGAGUAUACUGGGCUGAGUUCAGAGGCGGGGCCUAUUCGUUAAAGAAAGUGAUCAUGAUGAUUCGUCCUAACCCAAACACUUUCCACUAGCUAUUAAAACUCACAUGCUGAAUUUUCCCUGCAAGAAGAGACACACCUAAAUGUUCCAUAGUGUUUAUCAACAUAAAAUGUUACCCUUAGUAAUGGUAUUAGUAUAUCGCACAGGUACAUUACUGAAAACAAAGGCAUUAAAAAAGUUAUACCACGAUCACAGAGUCCAAGAUGAAACACAUGAAAACUCUUUCUACUUCAAGUCACUUGCGUCCAACAUAACAUAAACAUCUCUUUUUAUGAUCAAAUGAAUCAAUAGGGAACCAAAAACUUAAGCGUCUUGAAGUCACAUACAAUAUGUGACACCUUUACAAUAUACUGGCAGGAUAUCCAGUUAAAAUACAUAUCAUUUUAUCCACUCAUUAUACCCUAUUACAAAGGGAAAUUAAAUUAGACAUUGGAACCGUGCAAUCUAUUUUCUACAUACUGUAUAUUGAGUUGUAGUAUUAUGCAGUACCAGUGACACAGGAAACGUAUCCCAUGACAUUUUUUAAUCUAAAUGACAGUUUAUAAAUCAUCAGAACAGUAAUAUUAUUUUGGGGUGUUUUUUUUAUCGGCCUAGGUUGCUAUAUAAGCCAAAAAUAAUAGUAUGGUGUACAAAAUAUUGCAAUAAUCCAGUCCUCCGACAGCUGACAUUGUGACAUGUUUUCUUUGCUUAUUACAGUAUUCUCUCCAACUGCUUGAACCAUUAUCCAUGUAUUUGCUUGUAUGAAUCAAGCAUUGUAUUUACUGUAUAAAUCCAAAGGUUGCUGAUGUCUGUGGAUCCAACACGUUGCAU